UGGCCUGUCUCGUCGAUUAGGCGACGACAAUGACCGACGUGAAAGAUAAUACUAGGGAAAAAGCGAUGUUGAAGUCUAAGUCAGGUUAAAUAAAACAACACAGACAUAAGUAGAAGCUUUCAUAAAAAGGACAUUUCGUUACUUCUGAAACCACAGAACACUGCAACGGAGCGCUAUGAGUUUUAACUCAAAGUCAGCUGAGUAUUUUCCUCAAGACAAUAAAGAGGAAACAACAUCAAAUUCUUGUGGAACAGCUGAUGAUAUAAACACUCUCACAUCAAGAGACAGACCUUUUGCUUGCCAAGUGUGUAAUAAAAGAUUUACACAGAAAGCACAUCUUAUUAUUCACAAGCGCACCCAUACAGGAGAGAAACCAUAUGCAUGCCACAUAUGCCAUAAAAGGUUUGCCCAGUCCUCACACCUUACUGUUCAUAAACGAGUCCACACUGGGGAAAAACCAUUUUUCUGUAAUUAUUGUAACAUGGGGUUUUGCCGGAGACCUCGUUUGGAAGCACAUAUUCUACAACACGUGGUGAAAGAGGGGAGAGCAUUGCCAUCUAGUUUAAAGGGCAACAUGUUAAAAAAUGUAUCAAUGGUUGGACUCAUUGAUUCUGGCUCCACAAAAAGUUUAAUCGGAACAAACCAGGAGUCUUUAGAUGCAGCAGCGCAGUUAAUGGAACUGAAAUUAAAAGGCAUCACAGCUCUAGAUGUGAAGAAUGAACCAGUUGAUAGUAUUGAAGAAGAUUUAGUGAAGGGUGUUAUUGAUGAUGUCAGUGGCACUGAUAAAGUUAAGGAAGUAGAGGUGGGAAGGAAACGACGAAAGCCAGAGUUUGUAAGAAGGUUAGGGAGUUUAGAUGAUGAAAAUGAAGAUGUUAAUAACAGCUCUGAAGCAGAUAUGCAAGAUGAUGAGAGAGUUACCAAUAACAAAGACUAUUUGAACAUGCUACCAGAUAAUAUAUCUGAACUUCAUGAGCUACAGAAUCCUAGUUUUCUGUUAGGGUCUUCUAAAACUAUAUCCAUCAACAAUAAUAUCAUAAAUAGUCGGACGCAACAUUCCACUACAAAGAAUCCCGGAUUAACCAUGUCAGGACUGGUCCGCACAAAUAAUCGGAUAUCCUUAGUGGAUUUUACAGCUGAGGAUAUCUUACAUCAUCUAAUGACCAGGGAUGAUGUCAAAUCAUGUGAUUUUUGUUGCAUCGUCUUCCACGACCCCGCGAUGUAUUAUCUUCAUCGAAGCAUGCACGAUAAAAUGGAUGUCCGAUGCUGCAACCUGUGUGGUAAAUUGCUUGUUGACAAAUAUGAUUUUACUGCUCACUUCCUCAGCCAGCACAAGUGAUAUUUAUUUCUUAAGUCAAUGACUUGGAUGCAAUUUGUUACUGUUUUUUCUCUGUGGCGUCACUAUUUUGGGUGUCACCCUGCGUGGUCUGCUCCUUCUUGUGAUGCUACCUUUCUUUUUUUCUAGCUAAGCACGCUGGCUGUGUUGCUUUCAUGUAUUUUGUUUUUAAAAAAAUUUCAUUAAAUUCACUCAAUCAAUUCAGAUACAAAUUUAAAAAGUACACAUUAUUUGUAUUCUUUGGAAUUAAGAUACAUCUUUUAAAAAUGUCCUUGUGAUCUAUAUGAGCACACUUGUGUUUUUUUUUUUUGAGUGCUUGUGUGAUGAACUGUUCUGCCUAUUUAAAGAAAUUCUCUCUGAUCCCAGUCUUUUUUCUCUGAUCACACUUAUCUGUCAAAUAUUUGUAUAUAACACUUUUGUUUUUUUUGUUAUUUUGAAUACAUUUAAAUUCUUUACAUUUUAAAUGUUUAAACAAUCCACUGUUUAUAAAACUGA